AUGGACGACCAAGUACCUUUCAACAGCACCUUCAACGGCACCUUCAAUUCCUCCUCAAAUUCCACAAACGGCACAUUCGAAGGCUUCCAACCACCUUCACCGCCCAAAAGCUUCUGGACCAACCUACUACUACCAACUCUCUACCUCAUAAUAGUGAUAGGAAGCCUAUACACCUUCUCAAACCUCUACCGCAAACGGCAAGUCGCCAAAACCGCCUCGUUAGAACCCUGGUUUCCUGCACAUCGACAACGAGACAUCUACUUUUCACUCUUACAUCUGGACCCGGCGGAAGCGGGAGGAGAGGAUGACGAGAAGAAAUUGAAGAGAGUUCCGGAUUCCAUUCUCAAGGCUGCGUUGAUGCAGAGAGCACUGGAGGAUAUACGACGGAUAGUGCAGUUGAGGACGUCGAAGCAGGCACUUCAGACGCUAUUACAGAGGGGUAGUGUGGGCGAUGAGCUGUGGCAGCGUUUUCUCAGAGCGGAGCAGGAGAUGGAGGCUGAGGUGAAGGACGUCGUCAAUGAGGCCAACGACUUCUCACCAAACUGGGGCCAAGUAAUCUUCCAGUCCGCAAACGAGAUGAACCAGAACAUUGUCAUCAAACAACGAAUUGCAGAGCUACAGGAGAAGCUUGCAUCAGAUAGAGCAUGGUGGGACAAGAAGAAGGCAGGCAUCCAGUCGGAUUUUUUGAAGGAGGUUGGAGCAUCAGAAUCGAGUGAGAGUACGACUGCGGCUACACCUGCACCCGCAGUACUGAAACCCGGAAGCAGUGAUGAAGAAGGUGUCCUUGUGGACUCCGAUGUACCGACACAGGCGCAGGGUGGUGCGAAUAGUAAGAAGAAGAAGGGCAAGAAGUAG